AAGCUGUCACUACCCAUCAAAUACCUUGGGUUCUCAGGCUUUUAAAUACUUAUACUGAAGAGUGCAGAAAACUGAAGAAGUCUCAUAAUCUUUCAUGUGUUUUUAUGCCUAGUAACAGCUUUCUCAAUGAUGAUCAUUGGCCAGGUUUUAACAGUCAGUUGUGUCUUCCUUCUUAGGUGACCACAAAUGUCUUCCUGUUAAAAAAAGUCACAACACAGUUAAGCAUCACUAUUCUUCAUCUUGCUCCUGAAGGGCAUUUCUACUUUUUUAAAGCAGGUCAUGCACUUGUGACAGAAUCUUCUGAGACAUCUGUGACGAGUAUAUUAUGGCUACGGGAUCUAAAGUGACAGCAAGGAUACAUGAUUUACUCGUAUGUGGUUUAAUCCAGAAGAGUAAAUUAAUCAGUGAAGGUCCACCUGCACGAUAUCGUCUCCUCACAGCCAGACGUAAUCUUGAAAAAGACGGGUCAGUGAGAAAAUGGACCUUUGGACAGCGAAGCAUCAAUAUGAAAAACAAAAUCCUACUGAUGGUAGGAGAAAGUGGAACAGGCAAAACUACUCUGAUUAAUGUCAUGGUAAAUUAUAUACUGGGGGUGAAGUUUACAGAUGAAGUGUGGUUUGAGAUUAUAGAGGAGGGAGGAGAUAGUCACAUGUCAGAUCAGUCAAAAAGUCAAACAACUAAAAUCAAUGUGUAUGAGGUCUUUGCUGAAGACAACCCAAUCUGUCUUACCGUCAUUGACACUCCAGGUUAUGGAGAUACCAGGGGAACAGAAUAUGACAAACAGAUCGCUGAGAAUCUGUACAAACUGUUUCACUAUGCGACUGGAGUGAAAGAAAUUGAUGCAGUGUGUCUGGUAGUGAAGGCAUCUGAGAAUCGGCUCACUGACAGACAGCAAUACAUCUUUGAUGCAGUUUUGUCCUUAUUUGGUAGCGACAUAGAGAACAACAUUGUCAUAUUUAUCACUCACUCAGAUGGAAUGCCUCCAACAAAUGCUCUUAAUGCCAUCAAGAAUGCAGCAAUUCCAUGCAGGAAAGAUGAAGAUAAUGAACCUGAACAUUUCUUAUUUAACAAUCGUCAAACUGAAAAGAGGAGCCAAAAGUAUAACAGAGCUCUCCAGACAGCUUGGAAACUAACAGAGAACAAUUUAAAUGAUUUCUUUGCUUCACUGAAAGAACAGAACAGAAAAAGCUUAGAGCAGACUGAAAAUGUUCUGACUGAGUCCAAACGACUUGAAGCCUGUAUUUCUAAUCUACAAGACCGCAUUGAGUUUAUAGAGUACAAAGGUAAAGAACUGAAUCAGAUUCAAAAAGCCCUUGGGGAAAACCGAGAAAAGAUUAAGAGAAAUGAAAACUUUACUUUUCCAGUCACCAAGUAUUACAAAGAAAAAGUACACAUUGUAAAUGCUUCAUGGAGGGACAAAAAGGUUACCAGUUGCUCUGUCUGUAAGGAGAACUGUCAUGAGUAUAACUGCUGGUUGGCUCCUAAUGCUCUGUGGUGUGAAGUCAUAAAAAAUGACCACUGCACUGUAUGUACAGGUAAAUGUCACUACAUGAAACAUGUCAGAGAGAAGAAGAAAUAUGUUACAUGCAGCAGAGAGGUCAUAGUGACAUUUGAUGAGCUUAAAAAACAGUAUGAAAGCAGCAUAAAUCCAGCAUCAGAUAUCAAGUUUGACUCAAAGUCCUUUGAAAAUGUUGAAAAGGAGUUUGAAAGCAACAAGAAACAGGAAGAAGAGAAGACAAGAAUAGAGAGAAGACUGAGUGAACAACUGAUCACAACUAAAAAAGAAAAAGCUGAGCUGGUGGAAGAAGCCUACAACACCAUCAUGAAACUGUCUGAGAUUGCUUUAAAGCCAGAUUCUGCUUUCAUUGUUCAGUCUCUUGACUUUUUGAUCCCUCGAGCUGAGGAAACUGGAAGAAAAGUUCUUGCUCAGAAACUAAGAGAGCUGAGGAGAAUUCAGCCUGAAUCACAGGAAAGAGUUAAUGCUGUAAUCACAUAUACAAAAAAGACAUUUUAAAUAAACUGGAACAGUUUGUUCCUGGUAAAUAAAUGAAUUCAGUAUAUUAUACAUGUAACAUGAUGUAAUACAGAUGGAAUUUUAAACACGUCUGCAUCAAGUGUGCAAGUUUUGUUCAGUUAAUUCAAUUCAUUGUGUUUAUUCAGCAAAGCUGUUAAUCAGAUUUAAUAUUUUACUUUGUUUUGCUAAUAAUUUUACUUUUUUU